CCCUGAGGCAGGUCGUAUGGGAGGAUAGCGGUGUUCGAGAGGGUGUUCUGGCUCGUUUUUUGUGGGGAGAAGUGGGGAGGGAGUUGGGGUAGGGAGCAUGGAUGGAUGGGCUGGGUUCUGGGUUGGGAAUGCGGACCGAUGGGGGGAUUGGGGGAGAGUCUUUGCUCGUCUGACGUGUAGGCUGAUGGGAGGGGGAGAAUGCAAGUCACGUGUUUGUUUGGGGACUCUGGAGUACACUCACAGACAGCAGUAUCGAGGAGCAGAGCAGAAGAAGGCAGUGCACUGCCAAGAGCACGGCAUUCGAAUCGCUGGCUUUAAGUAUACACAGUUCACUGCAUCGCGGUACGGUAUCACAGAAAAUGUAGGUCAUGAAGUCUUUCAUUCCUAUAUCGAGUCUUCAAGUCAGCUCCCGUAAAUUUUCAUAUGCACUCGUUCCUUUUAUCACGGUAUUCAUAACAAUCAAAC